CAAGACCGUACUGCACAAUCCACUGGGUAGUGGUCAUCUUCCCUGAACCUGCAAAGGACAUAGAAAACAUUAAACUGAAAGAGCCGGCGUUUGUGUUGACGGACGCGUCGCGCGCCGUAAAGAGGAACCAUCGUAUUAAAGUAUUACAGAGUUCGUGUCCAUUUCUGAUCUGGAGACAUAGUUGCCUGGAGGUAGCCAUUCAGAAAUGUGGAUGAGUACAUUUGCACGUUUUGCCCUGCCUGCCCUGCAGAGGAGCACAUCUGCCAUGGCCUGCCAGGCUCUGAGGGCUUGUCAUAGACCAGGACAGGCUGCAGGUCUGCUAUCCUCUUGUCUGAAAUCAAUGCAGCUCCGUGGGCAUCAGACACUGGGGUCUGCUUCCCUCCCUGUGGCUCGCCAGUCUGUGAGGCACGUCCGGGCUCUGGAUGAAGACAGGCUGAUGGAGGUGGAGUGGGAGGAUGGAGGGCACAGUCUGUACCCAUUCACUUGGCUGAGAGACAACUGCCAGUGUCCGCUGUGUACCCUGCAGUCAGCUCAGGCCCGGAAACUGCUGAUGUCUGAUCUGGAUAUUCACACAGGAGUUGACGUUGUGGAAGUCACCAAUGACAACAAGGUGUCCAUUGUGUGGCCCGACCAGCAUACCAGUGUGUUUGACGCAGAAUGGCUGAAGAAACGCUGUUUCUCUCCUGCUGCCAGACAAGCAAUGCAAGAAGAGCUUUUUCUAAAUGAGCGUUAUUAUUGGGACUCCAAACUGCGCAUACCCACUGCUGACUACCAGGAAGUCCUCCAUGACGAUAAGGCUGCCCUGGCCUGGCUCUUGGCCCUGCGCCGUGUUGGCAUCGUCUACCUGAGGGGGGCUCCGGCAGAGCAAGGCCAUGUGGCCAGACUCGCUGAGAGGAUUGGCUAUCUGAGGCUGACAUUCUAUGGGCACACAUGGCAGGUCCAGGACAAAUACAUGGCAAACAAUGUAGCCUACACUUCCGGAAGGCUGAGUCUCCACACAGACUACCCUGCACUGCACUUUGCACCUGGAGUGCAGUUUUUGCACUGCAUCAACCAGGCCGUGGAGGGAGGAGAGAGCGAGGUGGUGGAUGGCUUCCACAUGGCCGAGCAGCUGCAGAGAGAAGACCCAGAGGCCUUCCGGACACUCACCUCGCUCCCCGUGGACUUCACCGACACGGGGACAGACUACUGCGACUUCAUGCUGCAGUCCAAGAAAUGCAUCAUCGACGUUGAUGCUGAGGGACGAGUUGCCAGGAUCAACUACAACAACGCCACCAGAGAUUCGGUGCUAGACCUCCCCUUGCAUCAGGUUCAGCCCUUCUACAGAUCACUGAAGGCCUUUGUGGACAUCAUGAACCGACCAGAGAACGUGGUCACCUACAGCAUGGAGCCAGGCGACAUUGUGACCUUUGAUAACUGGCGUCUGUUGCAUGGACGGAGGAGCUACAUCAGCAGGCCAGACAGGCUGCGACACCUGGAGGGUGCCUACCUGGACUGGGACGAAGUCAUGUCUCGCCUCCGGAUACUCCGCAACUCCGUCCAUGAGGACAUGUGAGCUCUGAGUCAAAUUUCAAUGAGUAGAUUUACAUACAGCCUUUACAGAGAAUUUAAAAACAUGUCAGGUGGCUGACACUAAUUAGGAGUUAAACAAAAUGAGAUGCCAGAGGGCAAAGUGCAAAGACACUGAAAUAUCAGACAACAGGUCAAGAGCUAAAUCUCUGACUCUGAAGCAUCAAAUCACGACUAAAACAAUUUGCUUUACACAACAAUGAUUUAGAGCUAAGAUGUUUCCCUUUAAGUUAAAAGAUGACAGCAACACUGCAAUGCAAAGAUUAAGAAAAACACCUUAUAUUUAAAUUUAAAGGUGCUUUUGGACUGAUUAGUCAUAGUGACUAGUGACAAAUAAGUUUUAUAAGCUUAAAUUUAACUACAAAGUUUUAUAUAUUGUCCUGGGUUCUCCACAUUAUGAUAAUAUUGAGUAAUUUAUAAGUUUUCUAAGCUGUUUUAUCAUUCCUGGUCCUCUUGGUUAAAAAUUUGGUUCAAGGACAUCCUGGCUGCUCUCUGAAAUCACUCCCAAUUUACUGCAUAUAGCAUUAUUUUUACUGUCUGACAUUUUGUCUGAUCAAAUUUCAAUUUAAUGUCUAUUACUUUAUAGAGAGAGAAGUGAAUGAGGGAGUGAUUUCAGACACAGUCCCUGUGUAAAUUCUAACACUUAACAGUAUGUUUUUUUUUCAUCCUAUCACCUGCUAAGAGUUUCUCACUACCUCCACAAUUUAAUCCUGUGCCUAUACAAAGGAUGUGAUGUCCUUGACUUUUCCUUCAUUUUGUAUAACUGCAGUCUGAAAAUUGCCUUAAGCUACAGAUACAGUAGCUAUAAUAGAAGUGGUAGUAUGAAUUAAGUUCAACCAAAUUACAAAAACACACUGUACAUACUUCUCUUCUUAAUCCCAGUGCUAAAAACAGAGAUUUUGUUUUAGCUGCUGAAGUUUUGAACCAAGAAACCAAGUAAAACCAUGUAAUUUUCAUUUAAGGAUUAGGCAUUCUUCUGUUCAGAAAAUGACUGCUUCCUAAGCUAAAUAAAUCAUGAACAAACACAAAGGAUUAUUGGAAAAAAUGUAUAGACACAAAGCUGAAAAAGAGCCUAUUUAUCUUACUUAAUAAAAAGCUGACAUUCAAAUUACAGUGACAAUAUGCUUUGAAACUCUUGCUCCUGUGUAUGACUGGGGUGGACAGAUUUGUGUUUGUGGUGCACAAAGCACUGAAAAACUCAACAGCAAGAAAGAAACUGUUCCUUUGAAACCUAUUGCAAGUUCUGUGGAUCAUCCAGAGUAACAGUAACUAUUUCUACAAAGUAUCAAUGCUGUUGUGCAGUUUUUCAGUGUUUUGAGCAGCAUAAAUUAAAUUUCUUUCACCUCCACUCUGCUGGGAUGUGGGAAGUUUCAGAGAAAGCUAUUUUGGGCAACUAUGCAAUGAUGCAGCGAGCCUUCAAAUAUCCAUAAACUGUUAUGAAACAGCACAAUGUUCUAAUGCUUCAAUAUGGCCAGUUUGUGAGUGAUUUAUUCUGUAGCUGCUGGAGAUUGAUGAGUGUACUGUGUACUCACUGCUGUUACUGUAAAAAAACAAAAACAAAAACAAAAAAACCUGCAUUUUGAUCUCAACUUGAAAGUUUUUCCUGUAGCCAAAGAGCCCAGACAAUCUUUUUUUUUCUUUUAAGCCUGUCACUUAAUGUGAUGUGUUUUUAUGUCACCCUUGAAAAAUUGUUAAAGACAAUACGGAUGUAUUCUGCCAUAGAAGAAAAAAAACCAGGUAGUUCUGAUCAGCCAUUCACAGAGUCAUGCUUAACAGUGGUGUGUUUGAUUGAUGGUUCAUCCUGUGUAGCAGUUUGAACCUUUGCCUUAGUCGCCUCUGUAUUUUGCACAUUUACGAGGGAUGGUUGGUAAGUCGAAGGCUUCAGGCAGAAGUAGAUGAGUUCAACAGCUCUCGUUAUGUGCACAUGCAGUUUAACUCUGAGUGAUUAUGCAGAAAGUUUGAGGUUAGUAACUUUUGUGGUAUUUCUGAGUUUUGGGUAAUUGGAAAAUUGUAAUUCAGCACUGUCUGAGAAAAUGGACAGCAUUGGCUUCUGUGUAGUCAAACCCAGAAUGUGGGUUAGAACUCAUCCAACACUCACCGUUACCUGAUGUGGCACUCUAAGACUACUACCUCCUCCCCAAGAUACAGGAGGAGGUCAGUGGUCACCAUUUUGAUAGAGAUGACAUUGUUGCUGCUGUGCAUUGCUUCUCAGACUGUGCUGACUUGCAAUUUUCAAUGACCUGAAACAGAAAUACCACAAAAGUUAAAGUGAGUUCAAAAUUUCUCCACAAUCACUCAGAGUUCAAAUGAUCAUCUCCUCCUGCCUUAGGCCACAAACUUAUCACUUACCUCUCGUAAUGAUGGGUCUUUGUUCUCUUUAUAGUCUUAAUGCUUUCACUAUUACUGUUCAGUAUGGACUCAAAUGUUUAUGAAAACAUGCAUUUGUAAAACCAGUAUGCUUCAAUCAACUGUCACACCACUUGCUAAAAUAAACCUAUAAAGCUUAAA